AUGCGUUCCCUCAUCUCUUGGACGUGUUCGAUCACGCUUCGGUCCCAGUCACGCCCAUCUUCUGCCACCACUCGUCUCAACAUCCUCUUUAGAGUCACCUUUUAUGAAGAGAGGAACUUCCAGGGUCGCUCUUAUGAGUGUAUGGGCGACUGUUCUGACAUGUCCUCCUAUCUGAGCCGCUGUCACUCCUGUAGAGUUGAGAGCGGAUGCUGGAUGAUGUACGAUAAUCCCAACUACAUGGGAAACCAGUAUUUCUUUAAGAGGGGCGAGUACGCUGACUACACGUCUAUGUUUGGAAUGGGCAGCAGUAUCAGAUCCUGCCGUAUGAUCCCCAUGCACAGGGGAUCCUACAGAAUGAGGAUCUAUGAGAGGGAGAACUUUGGAGGACAGAUGCAUGAGAUGAUGGAUGACUGUGACUCCUGCAUGGACCGCUACCGCAUGUCUCACUGUCAGUCCUGUCAUGUGAUGGACGGUCACUGGCUCAUGUAUGAGCAGCCCCACUACAGAGGCAAAAUGUCAUACUUCAGGCCUGGAGAGUACAGGAGCUUCAGUAAUAUGGGUGGAAAUAGAUUCAUGAGCAUGAGGCGUAUCAUGGAUUCCUGGUAUUAG